AACCAAUUAAAAGAAAAGAAACCUUCAAAAAAAAGUACUUCAAAACUUAAAAUACGUUUCUUUGAAAUAAAAGAAAAUGGAUAUACGUCAUUAUUUUUCCCGGUAACAACUCAGAAUUGACUUGACAUAUUGAAAAAUCAAACAAUAUCGCCAUUUCUUUUCUACCAUUAGUGCAGCUAACUUCACUCGGUACUUUUUUCACUUGCUCUCCUCAGCCUGAAAAAAGCCAAGCCAGUGUCGUAAAAAUUAAAAAUAUUUAAUAUAAAAUAUUUCAAUAAUAUUCUGAAUGAAUCGGAUAUAAAUUUAAAUUAAAUAUAAAAAAAAAUUUAAUAUUUGUUGGAAUGGCAAGUGUAGUUUAAAUAGAAUUCGUAAUAUAGAAAGUAAAAAUAUUGAAAGACUUUGAAGUGCGCUGGGUAUUUGUAUUUUGUUGAAAUGGUGUUGUUUCUUUCGACUUACAUAAAUUUUCGAUAAUAAUAAAAAAAAAAUCAACAUAAAUUUUUGGAAUAUUCUUUUGAGAAUAUUAGCUUAGAAUAAUAAAAGAAAAAUAUACAAUAUUACAAUAAUAUAAAAUAAAAAGCUUUCCGGAAGAAGUGCAAAUAAUUGUGAAAAAUGACGGAAUAAAAGAAAAAAAAAAUGAAAUGAAAUUUAUUAAAGUGACAUUUUGGUAUUGGACAUUUUGUUCUCUUUGUUGAAAGAAAAAAAAGUGUACCUACUAGAUCUUACUCUACCUUCUUUACAUAUGACUGAAAUUUGAUUUUAGAACAAAAAUUUAAUAAAGAUGGAAUAAGUCGUGGCAAAUAUUUAGCGAAAAACUAAAAAAAUAUCAAAGGUCUGCAUUUGUCGAAUGGCUGCAGUGGAUGGCCCAACUAGGCAAUCGAGAGUUUCUAUGAGCAUCUCUAUGUCGUUAGUUCAAGGUGGUGCUGCAAGUGGUGCACCUCAAGGUGCAAUAUUAGCAGCUGCUUCUCCAUAUUAUCAACAGCCAGCCAUACCACAAGAUGUACAACCAGAUCGGCCAAUAGGUUAUGGAGCAUUUGGUGUUGUUUGGGCUGUAACCGAUCCUAGGGAUGGGCGUCGUGUUGCAUUAAAAAAGUUGCCAAAUGUUUUUCAAUCAUUGGUAUCAUCAAAACGAGUUUUUCGUGAAUUAAAAAUGUUAUGCUUUUUUAAACAUGAAAAUGUUUUAUCGGCCUUGGAUAUAUUACAACCACCACAUUUAGAUUUCUUCCAGGAAAUAUAUGUGAUAACAGAAUUAUUGCAAUCCGAUCUCCACAAAAUAAUUGUAUCACCACAACAUUUAUCUGCAGAUCACAUAAAAGUAUUUCUUUAUCAAAUUUUACGCGGUCUAAAAUAUUUACAUUCUGCUCGAAUUUUACAUCGUGAUAUUAAGCCAGGUAAUCUAUUGGUUAAUAGCAAUUGUGUUCUUAAGAUAUGUGAUUUUGGAUUAGCAAGAGUUGAAGAACCAGAUCAUUUAAAGCAUAUGACACAAGAAGUUGUUACACAAUAUUAUAGGGCACCAGAAAUUUUAAUGGGUGCAAAACACUAUUCUGCAGCUGUUGAUGUAUGGUCAGUUGGUUGUAUUUUUGGUGAGUUAUUAGGCCGUCGAAUUUUAUUUCAAGCUCAAAGUCCAGUACAACAAUUGGAGUUAAUAACAGAAUUGUUAGGUACACCAUCAAUGGAAGAUAUGCGACAUGCUUGUGAGGGAGCUAGAUCUCAUAUGUUACGUAGAGCUCCAAAGCCACCAUCAUUUUCUGCAUUAUAUGCAUUAAGUUCACAUGCUACACAUGAAGCUGUACAUUUACUUUGCCAAAUGUUAGUUUUUGAUCCAGAUAAAAGGAUAUCAGUUAUUGAUGCAUUAGCACAUCCAUAUUUAGAUGAAGGACGUUUAAGAUAUCAUUCAUGUAUGUGUAAAUGUUGUUUUACAACAUCAUCUGGUAUGAGACAAUAUACUGGUGAAUUUGAACCAUCAGCUGGUCAAUUCUUUGAUGAUUUAUGGGAAAAGAAAUUAACAUCAUUACAGCAAGUUAAAGAAGAAAUGCAUAAAUUUAUAGCUGAACAAUUACAAACUGGACGUGUACCACUUUGUAUAAAUCCUCAGAGUGCUGCAUUUAAGAGUUUUGCAAGCUCAACUGUUGCCCAUCCAUCUGAACUGCCACCCUCACCUCAUCAAUGGGAAUGACGACAAAACGAGGCUACAGCUGCCUAAACAAAAAACAAAGCAAAAAUAAACAAAAAGAAAAAAAACCAUAUAAAAAGAUCUGGAUAAUAUUUUUAAUUUUUAUUAACAUUUUAGAUAUAAUUUUACUAACAAUUUUUAGAACUUAAAG